AUGCUCCGUCAAUCCAUCAGACCUCUCACCACCGCUAACCGCGCCCUCAUCUCCCGUUCAUUCUCAGCUCUUGCCCCCAAGAUGGCCGAAGGUGAUACUGGUGCUCCCCGGCCAGGCGGCUCUGCGCAAGCGUACGUCGAUCUUGUUCUCCUUCUCUCUCGUUUCAAGCCCGUAGAAGAGGCCCAUGUCCGACUGCUAAACGAUGACAUCAUCGUUAAUGGACUGGCGGAACAACUCACUAACGUACUCGCCAGCGACCAAUUCACCAAGCGUGAAGCAGCCCAGGAGAACUUCUACAUUCACGAGAAGGAGCGUGAGAAGCUUCUGGCCCUCCGCAGAAAGGUCCAAGAACAGCGCAAGCACCUUGAUGAGCUCGACCAGCAUAUCGAGGAAAUGACCAAGAACCAGGGCGGCGAGCAGAACUAA